AUGCCUUCCAUCGGGGAUAGCGGCGGCGGCGGCGGGCAAGGCGGCCACUGGUCUGGGGAGCAGGAUGCCCCUCGCUCUGUGCUGCUCAGUGCCGCUCAUUCCAUGACAGGAGGAGGGCUCAAGACGGAGCCCCCAACUGAGGGGGAGGAUUAUUCACCCGCCGACGGCCCCGAGAAGGAACCCCCGACCGAGCAAGAGAUUGCCGUCCAAGAGAAGGGCCGACCGGCUGCCCCUAAGGUGAAGGAGGAGAAAGGGCAGAAGGAUGAUGAGAAGCCCGACGCCUCAUCGUGGGGAAACUCUGGCAAAUGGGGGGAGAAGUCGACUACGGGCUCGAGAGCCUUGGGGGGCAGCUUGUGGAAGGGCACGUGGGACCCUGAUAGACGUUCUAAUGAUAAGGGCCCUCCUGCCGGCAAACGAAACUGUUCGUCCCCGUCGUGGGAUGUGCCCCCGGAUUGGGAUCCCCAAAAAGAAUACGAUGCCCUACCGGCAAGUCAGCGGGCCAUUCUCGAGAACAACUUUAUUGGUCUCUCGGACGGGAAGAAAUACUACGGCCUAGAAAAGGGUUGGCUCUACUGCGAAUUAUGCCGGAAGAAGACGUGUAUUUCUUUCGACUUUAUGAGUGUGCAUCUGCAGUCCGAGAAGCACCAGCGGAAUGUACGGUGGAUGCAGAUGCAAUCUGAUGAAUCUCGAAUGAAGGCCAUUGAGGACAUAUCGCUCACAAACUCCCCUUCGAAAGAAGAGCUCUCGGCAGCGUUGGUCCCGGCGACCCAUAGUGGCGGUGGUAACGCUCACGUAAUUAAGCAGGAGGAUCUCCCUAAAUUCAUUGAGCUGAGGCCGGACUGCUUUUACUGUACACUUUGCGAUGCCCGACCCCAGGCCUGGGCCUCCUUAGAAGGUCACAUUGCUGGUCAGAGGUAUUCACCACUGCUGACGUACCGGCCUGUACGAAGUUUCCCCAGACACAGGAGUCGCUAUGAGAGGGCUGAGUGGGAGCAAUCAGAUAGCAGCAGCCUCCUCGGCAUCAGCGGCCUCGACAACGGUAAGAAGGGCGCUUGGAUUUCCGAGAGGGACCUCCGUGUGUGCUAG